AUAUGACAAUUGAAGUUACAGAGGCUGUUCCCUUUGACUUGUGCUAUAUCUUCCCUGAAUAAAGUUCAAGUGAUGCCCCCCUAGUCUCCACGUUCCAUUCUUCAAUACCCUUUGUACCUUUCCUAAGACUCUCACUGCAGAAACCAAGGAGUGUGUGUGAGUUAGAGACUAAGACCGAAGAGAUGGGUAGAGCUCCUUGCUGUGACAAGGCCAAUGUAAAGAAAGGACCAUGGUCACCUGAAGAAGAUGCAAAGCUGAAGGAUUACAUAGAGCAACAUGGCACUGGCGGGAACUGGAUUGCUCUACCACAAAAAGUUGGUUUGAAAAGAUGUGGCAAGAGCUGUAGACUAAGAUGGCUUAAUUAUCUAAGACCGAACAUUAAGCAUGGCCAGUUUUCUGAUGCUGAAGAUAAAAUAAUCUGCAACCUCUUUGCUAGCAUUGGAAGCAGGUGGUCCAUAAUAGCAUCACAGUUACCAGGCAGAACUGACAAUGAUAUCAAGAACUAUUGGAAUACCAAGCUUAAGAAGAAAAUGAUGGCAAUGAAUCCUUCACCACAGAGGAAACCUGAACAAGUUAGCCUUUUAUCUAUCCUUCAAAGUUCGACAUCGUCUUUACCAUUAUCGUUCAGAGAUAGCAACAACUCAUACUACAACCCUCAUGGAUCUUUCACAGGAUCAGGGUCCUUUUCCUAUUCAUCAAGUCUUUUGAGUGGAAAUUCUUAUGCUUCUGCUGGUUCCAUUUUUCAAGCACAAGAAAGUUUCAUGGACACCACUCAAAAGUGCCGAUAUAAAGAUAGCAAUAGCAUAUAUGUGUUUGGGGGUGAGGCUACCAGUUGUAGCUCUUCAGAUGGUAGCUGCAACAACCAGAUAAGUCAUGUCAUGGAACCAGAGUUUGGAUAUGGAGAAGGGAGUGGUGAUGCAACUUUUGUUGGGGUUAAUAAUAGCUUCUAUAGUGGGGUGGAAGAUAUUCAGAAGUUGAUGUUCUCCAAUGUUGGUAGUGUUAGUGGGUACACAGAAAAACAAAAUGGAUUGUGGGGUGAGAAUCAAUUGGAUUAUGGUCUUGAGGAAAUUAAACAGUUAAUUAGUACUAAUAACAGUGGCAGCAACUUUUUGUUUGAUGAGAAGAAGACAGAGGAAAGGGUAAUGUACUACUGAUGCUGACUGUGGUUAAGAUUAAAGGGUGAAGGGUAAAAAAGGGAUAGGUAGAAGAUUUCAGAGUUGGACUUGGUUGGUGUUUUGUGGGAUGGGCUUUUAGUCUUUGUAUAGAGCCACUUUCUUUGUUUGAAAGUACAUUGUAAAAGUUUCCUUUUG